UCAUUAGUUGACGAUAUCGGUAACUAACAGAUAAGAUUGAGCAGUUGAAGAUAUUUGUUUGUGAGGAUUUUUUUUGUUGCCGGUAUUUAUAGCGAUUGUGGGGAAGAAUAGAGAGCAGACUUGUGGAUUUAUUGAAAGAGUGAAGAGUUUUGUGAGGAUAAUUUGACAGAAUGGCGAACCCGAAGGUUGAAAUUAAGUAUAAGAAGCUGUUUAUAAAUAAUGAGUUUGUUGAUUCUGUGAGUGGUAAAAAAUUUCCGAGUAUCAAUCCAGUGGAUGAGUCGGUCGUGGCUGAAGUCGCGGAGGGAGAUAAGGCGGAUGUUGACAAGGCGGUGAAGGCUGCCAAGGAUGCGUUUGCACGAGGAUCUGAGUGGAGAAAUCUUCAGCCUACACAGCGAGCUGCGCUGCUGAACAAGCUGGCGGAUUUGGUGGUACGUGAUGCCGCGCAGAUUGCAAACAUCCAGACACUGGAAAAUGGAAAACCGUUUACUCAUGCGUACGGUGAAACUCUGAUUACUGCGGAGGUAUUUCGUUACUAUGCUGGUUGGUGCGACAAAAUAGACGGACAAUCAUUGCCGACGGACGAUGGGAGUUUGGUGAUAACCAGAAAAGAACCGAUUGGAGUCGCGGGGCAAAUCACUCCUUGGAAUUUUCCAGUUCUGCUCAUUGCUAUUAAACUGGGACCUGCUUUGGCGGUUGGAUGCCCGGUGGUUUUGAAACCAGCAGAGCAAACUCCGCUGUGUAAUUUGCACGUCGCCGCACUUACUAAAGAGGCUGGAUACCCUGCUGGAGUUAUCAACGUCGUCACUGGUUACGGUCCCACUGCUGGAGCAGCUAUAGCUGAGCAUCCUGAUGUGGCCAAGAUUUCGUUCACUGGAUCCGUUGAGGUCGGAAAGAAGAUAAUGGUGGCAUCAGGUCAGAGUAACCUCAAGCGAGUGACCCUGGAACUCGGUGGAAAGAGUCCUUUGGUUAUUUUUGAUGACGUCAAUGUUGACGAAGCAGUCAAAGUUGCCCACAACGCUAUUUUCAAUAAUUCCGGCCAAGUUUGUAUCGCCGCGUCCCGAACGUAUGUUCACUCGAAAAUUUACGACGAAUUCGUUAAAAAAUCUAAAGACCUGGCGUUGAAAAGAAAAGUUGGAGAUCCUUUUGACGCAGCAACUGAACAUGGACCUCAAGUAGAGAAAGACAUUUUCGAUCGCGCUAUCAAGUACAUCGCGAUCGGAAAAAAAGAGGGCGCAACUUUGGUCACCGGUGGCGAACGCAUUGGAAAAAAAGGAUUCUUCAUCCAGCCAACGAUUUUCGCCGACGUUACCGACGACAUGACAAUUGCCAAGGAUGAAAUAUUCGGACCCGUCCAAUCAAUUUUGAAAUUCGAUUCCAUGGAAGACGUGAUAGAACGCGCCAACAAGACAACUUAUGGUCUCGCAGCCGGUGUCCUGACCAAUGACAUCAACAAGGCGAUAAAAUUCGCUCAUGCCGUCGAGUCUGGAAGCGUCUGGGUGAAUAAUUACAACGAGGCUAUCACAGCCCAUGCUCCUUUCGGCGGCUACAAGCAAUCAGGAAUCGGUCGUGAGCUUGGCCGAGACGCUUUGGACAAUUACUUGGAAACAAAAACUAUUUCUAUAAAACUCGCGAAUGUUAAAUAAAUGAAAUUGAUGUAAUAUGAAAUUCAAAUAAAUAUGUGCAAUUAUUCAAAA